AUGUUCAACCGAGGGGGAUGCCCAGCGCACUGUUCACACCCAUUUUCCACGCUGGCCGCCGCUUGCCUCCAAACAAGCCUCAUUUGCGACAUUCAGCCCGUCUUGCGCAAUGUACAACAGCCGCGGGCCCUGGGGCCCGCCUCCGACGUCAGCAACCCCCGAUAUCCAGAAAUCGCCAGCAACCCCCUCCCUGCCACCCAGGAGCCCCCGGCCGCUGGGUCGCCCCUGUACGGGCUAGCCGGCGCUCCCCCCCCCGGCGGCAGCGGGAGGGAGGGCCCCGCUGCGGGCGCUAUGGCCUCCAAAUCUGCAAGGGACCUUCUCUCUCGCUUCCGGCGGCUGGAGGCCAAGUGGGAGGAACUUGAUAACGAGCCCGCAUUGGGGGGCACAAGGACACCCGAUGCAUCACGGAACGCCCCAGACUUCCAGAAACACUUGAAAAAGGCCAUGAGAGAGAGGUCCUUAUCACCAGGGCGCAGGGAAAGGCCCCCUGUGCAUGACCCACCUAUCCCACCUGCUGUGGGCGUCCAGCCUCUGAUCCCAAGCGCCCAAGAUGCAGAGGGCGACGCAGUGCUGCACCAGGCAUCGGUUGAGUUCUUGAGGCAGGUUGGGGAGAGCCAGGCCAGGUGCGGUAUGGAGGUUGAAGGCUUGAGGACAGAGGCGGAGGCUUUGCGGCAGCAGAGAGACACCUUUCUGCUUGAGCGUGACAGAGCAGAGGCUGCCAAGGCGGCCAUGCAGAACAGCGAGCGCCACGCCACUGCAAAGCUUGAGGAGGUCAAUUGCGAGCUGACAGUGGCGCGGCAAGAGCUAGCUGCGGUUAAAAGGGAACAUCAGCUUGAGCUUGAGCAAGUUGACAGGGAGCGGGCUUCUCUGCAUUUGGCGCUUGACGGCCAGCGAACCGACCAGCAAGCGUCCCUGGCGGCUGAACGUGCCAUGCUGCUGGACGCUGUUGAGCAUGACAGAAAGGCGGUCUCAGAGCUGAAGGCGUCCGUCGUAACACGAUCGCAGAUGCUGGAUGAGGCCGAGGCCACGCUGAAGAGGAAAGAAGCAGCUGCAAGGAGUGCCGAAGAGUCUGCACGAUCAAAGUUGGAGGAACAGGGUCGCCUGCUGUCAGAGAGGGAAGUCAAGAUUGGGAUCGCGGAAGAGGCUGCGGCGAGGGUGUUCGCCAGAGAGAAGUCCUUGGUAGACCUGGAGGAAAAUCUGAAAGACAGGGAAAUUGCUGUGCACAAGGGGGAAAUGGAGCUGCAGGCAGCAAAACGGGAGGUGGAUGCACUGAUGAGCAGGCAUCGAGAAGAAUCACAGCAACUUGCAGCCGACCGCCAGUUGUUUGAAGAGCAGAGGCUGGCACUGGACGACGCAGUGCAGGUGCAAACGGAGUGGUUCCAAAAGAAGGAAAGCGACCUGCUGGCCAGUAUUGAGGAAGUGGAGAAGGGAUGCCAGGAGAAGAUUUCUGAAGUUGCCUCAAGGGAGACUGAGGCACGACACACGCUUGCCUCCCUGGAAUCUUCGAUUUCUGAUGCCAAGCAGCACCUGAAGUCGCUGGAAGAGGAAGCGUGUGCAUCGCGAUCCCAGCUGAAGGAAAUCUGCAAACAGGUUGACGAUGCGGAGAUUGCUCGUGAUCGUGCAUCACGGGCCGCUGCUGAAGCCGAGGGUGAGCUGGAAAAGGUAAGGUCGUCAGCAAAUCAGGAGACCAAAACCAACAAAAGAGAUUUGGAAAACAUCAAGGAGGAACACAUGCACCUCGAAGAAGCAGUAUCGGCUCUACACAAAGAAAGGGAAAAUCUCAAGGCGGAAAUUGAAGAUGGCUACCUUCGUUACGAAAGAGAAAAAGAGGAUCUGGAGGCCUACAUACAUUCCAAACAAAGCGAAAUGGAGUCUGAGCAGCGGCAGCUGGAGCAGGAGUUCGAAGAGCUCAUCCACAGACACGAAACUCAAGUCAAAGAAUGGGAGCAUCAAGUGGCGGAGCAGCAGGCCAGAAUGAUCAGGCAGCAAGCAGAGAUUGACGCCGAACAAGCAAGAUUGAAGUCGAUGGGCGACGAUUUGCUUGCUCGUGAGAAGGAGGUUAGCCAGCUGCGGGCACAGCAAGAUCAUGAGCUUGCCGCUCUCCGCGAAUCGCUCGACCACGACACCGCCCUGGCAAGAGAUGCUUCUGCGGCCGCUGCUUCUGAGCGCAUUCAAUUGCAGCAUAAAGCCAAUGAGUUGAUGCUGGAAGAGAAGCAGUUGGAGGGGCUGAAACAGCAAGUGAAGGCCUCGGCCCUUUCUCAGCUUCAGGAGCGGGAAACCAUUUUGCAUGACUGGGAGCUUCAGGUCGCAAGAAGGCAGAAAGAGAUGGACGAAAUUCAGACAAACAUGCACAGAGAAAUCGAGAACCGGGAGAGAGCCGUGAAUGAAACUCUUGCUGCCGCAGAGAAGCGUCUGGCAGAUGUGGAAGCGCAAGACAUGCAAUUCAGAAAGGUGCAACUCGAAAAAGAGGCGGAGCUCCACACCCUAGAACGCGACCUCAGCAGCCUGCAGCAAGAUUUGAUACGUAGGGCUGCUGAAACUGAGGAGCUGAGGGUCAGGUACCAACAGGGAUGUGCAGAUGCUGAAAAGGCUCAAGGUGACGCGAGAAGAGAACAUACAGAGGCGUGCCGGCUUCGGCACGAGGCUGAACGCAUGAAACAGGAGGCACAAGCCACGGAGGAGGGGCUGAAAGCAAGGGACGCUAAGCUUGGCGAUCUCGAGGCGAAGUUAGCUCGAGCACAGGAUGCCCUAGUGGAGAAAACUAAGGGCAUUGCCGAUGCCAUUCAGGCAGCCAGCAUGCGCGAGUCUGCUGCAUGCGAAAAAGAGAACGCCGCACAGAGUGGUUUGAGCGCCAUCCUCAGCUGGGAGAAACAGAAGGAUGAAGAGGAGGGGCGGCUGGAGAAGAUGAUGCUUGAAGUUCGUGAAGAGAAGGCCCAAGUGCAGAAGUUGCUCGAGGCAGUGCAAAAGGAAAAGGAAGGCGUGGCCUCGCUGAAGACGGCGCUGACAAAGGUUGAAUCCACGCUUGAGGCCCGAGAGCACAAGUUGCAAGAAUCAUGGAGCUCCGUUAAACGUCAGCUUGUAGAUUUGCUGAAGACAGAACAAGAGGGCCAGCUCGCAUUGGCAGCAAUGGACUCAACUCCGGUUUCAAACUUCAGGUUCAAUUGCCCGAACGCAUUGAACUCCGCGUCCCCUCUGGAGAGCGCCGCGGCCUUGGAGCAUUUCAGAGCGCAGCUGUUGCAAAGGGAGACUGACCUGCAGAGGUGGGCGGUCGCUAUCGAGGUGCAGGCUGCCAAGCACAGCAGGGGGGAGCAAAGAAUCCAGGAUGUUGAAGCGGCAUUGCUUCAGCGCGAGGAGGAGCUGCAGAGGAUGCAGGAAAGCCACAACAACAGUGCUCAGCAGCUGCAGUACCAUUCCGAUGCAUUAGAGAAAUGGGCGCACGAAUUGGAAGCUGCUCGCGAAGAGCUUCGAGUCCUCUCCGUGCAACUGGAGGAGCGUUCUAAGCACAUCGAGCAACAACUCAAGGAAGCGCAGGACAGCAAGAACGAGAAUGACGUCAUGCGCCAGGAAUUGUGCCGCGACAGGGAGGAGGCUGAUGCGCUGCGAAAGGGCGCAAGAGACGAGUAUGAGAAGGCUGCAGAGGCUGUUGAGGAAGCCAGCCGGGAGCGGAAGAGGAUGGAUGAUUGGGAAGGCGAGCUUCGUCGCAGGGAAGAUGAGGUGUCAGCUGCUGAAAGAGCAUCGGCAGAGCAGCUGGAGGCGGUGAAAAGCCAAACCGUUGAACUACAACAGCGUUGGACCACUUUUCAGAACCUGGAAUCCGAACAGAAGGAAUUAGCAGAGCAAAAGAAGGCCCUUGAAUCGAUUAUGGAGGAGACAAGGAAAAGAUCCCAAAAGUUUGACAUUCAAGAGGCGCAGAUGCAGCUGCAGAACGAAAAAAUUGCGUCGGAAUGGAAGGAAAUCGAAAUGCGCAAUGCAGAGGCGCGGAGACUGGAGGAAAAGGAAGAAUCUCUGAACAAGAAGGCUCGAUUCCUGGAGUCGGAGGAAGCAAGAUUGGGUGAGUGUGAAGCCGACCUUGAGUCGCGCCAAGAUGCCACCCAAUCAGCAGAAAGCCGAAUCUUGCAAGAGCACGCCGAGCUGGACAAGCGUUUGGAAAAAAUAGCGGCUGCCGAGGCGCUUGCUGAGGAGAAUUUGAAACAAGCCGUGGUUGAGGCAGAGCGGCAGCUCAACAGGAUCAGUGAAGACAGGCGGAAUCUGGAACAAAACCAAGCGGAAUUCAGAUUUGAGCAGCAACGCGCCGCAGACGAGAUCAAACAGAUGGAGGCCUUGACCUGUGAGCGACUGGAGACCGUGAAUGUGCGAGAGCAAGCCGUGGAGCGCGAAGAGAGCCGCUUGGAAAAUGAGAGGCUGCAGCUCGAAGAUGAAAAGAAACGACUGGCCACGGCCGAAGAGAAAACGCAGAAGCUGCAUCAGGGCCUGCAGGAGAGGGCAGAGGCGCUGUCGUCAGAACGCAUGCGGAUUAAUGAGGAACUCCGCCUUGCUCGUCAAGAAGCUGAGCAGGAAAUUCGAAUGGCAAGACAGGAGGCUGAGGAAAUCAGGGGAAGAAUGAAGCAGCAGCAAAUCGAUAUUGUCAAACAGGUGGAGACCGUAGCAAAGGCGGAAGCAGAAGCCAGGGCAGAAGCUCGACAUGCGGAAAGCAGGUGGAAGGAACAAUGCCAUGAACACCAGAUGAAGGCAGAGCUGUUGAGGCAGAAGGAGCUCCAGCUGACUGAAGAACAAGCGCAGCUGGCAGGCGUACGGUCUGAAAUUGAAGAGUCGAGGAGGGGCGCUGAACGGUCCCUGCUGGAGAUGAAGACUCUGGAAGCUGACAACAAGAGGGAGACUCGACAGCUUCAGGAAAAACACGCGCAGCUGAGCAGCAGGGAGGCGGAGCUGAACGCAAGAGAGAAGGAGCUGAAGAGAAUUGACGGGGAACUGAAGAAACGGCAGGAGCAACUCGCAGAUGAACUCAAGACAUUCAAAGCACGCAUUCGAGAGGAGAUGCUUUCAGAAAGCUCCGCAUUGAAAGCUGAACUCCAAGCCAAUGAGACUCGGAGUCGCGCUCAGGUGGACGCUCGAUCCAAAGAACUGGAUGCGAGGGCCGCCGAGGUGGAAAGGCGAGAAGUUGCCCUUGCAGAAGGGGAGAAGUCGCUGGAGGAAAUGGAGAGGUCUCUCAUUAAGAUGUCCAACGACAUGGCGGACAAGACGGCCGUAGAAGCAGAGUCGUUGAAAGAACUGGAGGACAAACUCCAGGCCCAGAGCGAAGCCCUUGAGGAGGUCAACAAAAGGGUUUUGGAUGGCGAAUCACGGCUUGCUAAGGAUUUGAAGGCGCAUGAAGAAAAGGAAGAGGAACUGAAUGCAAGGGAAAGAGAAGUUGCCGUGCUGCAGCGGGAAGCGCUUCAGACUGUCGAGGAGGCUCAGAGGGAUGCGGCACGGGCAGAAGCACGAAAAAAUGAGGUGACUGGGGAAAUGGAGGCCGCGAAACAGAAGCUUGGGAGAAUUCGCGAGGAAUGCAGAGAGCUCCAGGAGAGCUCUGCUGCAGCGGUGGCGGAGGCCAAGGAACUUCAACAAACCGCCAGGCGACAGGAUGCACUUGUUCAAGAGCAAAUGGCGGUGGCUGACAGGGUCACCAUGGAAAUCGAACAACGUGAGGAAUCUGUAAGCGCCGCGGAGGCAGAGCUGAAAGACCUGCGCACACGUUUGAUGGACAAGGAACGUUCGCUGGAUGAGGCCAAGAGGCAGCUUGAUGAGGCUACCCGGAAGCACGAUGCCCAGGCUGAAGCCCUAAACCUGGAAAGGAAACAUUGGGACGAUGGCCAAAGGGACAGGGAUGAAGUAAUUGCGCAAAAGCAUUUCAUAUCUGGAGAGUCAGAAAGGCUGAAGGCUCAGGCGGAGGUUCUCUCAAAGCAGGCUGUUGAAGCACAGCAGCUGAAGGAUGAGCUGAGUGCUCUAGAGAGGAGGUUGAAUGCGAAGGCCGCAGAGAAUGCAGAGGAUGCCGCAAACUCCAAGACAGUCGCAGCCAACGCACAACGCCGCCAUGCCGAAGCAGAAACGGCGUUGAAGGACGUUUCUCGUCGAGAGAAAACCCUGGAUGCCCGGCAGGAGGAGGUUGAAGUCGGCUAUUCUCGGCUUCAGGAGGAAAAGAGAGCUUUGGACGCCGCGCAGGAAAGGCUCCAAAAGAUGCAGACCCGCUUGGAAGAGGAGACGUGCGCGAUCCGGGCCAGGGACGCAGAUGUGAGCAAACGGAUGCUCGAGCUGCAAGAGCAAGCGAGGCAAAUUGAGGCGCGGGAACAGCAGCUUAAGGGGAGAGAAGAGAGACUCUCUGCGCAAGAGAAGGAUUCGAAGGCCUGCGCCGAGAAAGUUGAAUCAAGGCAGGCUGCUCUCAAGGAGGCCAAUGAUGAAUUGACAGCGGCGAGGACGGAACUGGAGGAAAAUGCCAGGCAGGUAACAGCACGCCUAAAGCUGAAGGAAGAAGGGCUAAAAGAAGCCGAAGCUAGACGCAGAAAGAAAGACCAGAAGCUGCGGGACAAGGAGAUCAGGCUUGAGGGUAUCGCCGACAAGAUCGAAAGAGAAAAGGAGGAUCUUAGGGAUAUCGACAAAGCCAGGGAAGAUCUGGAGGGCCUUAAGCGCCAGGUGAAGGACCAGGAGCUCAGCCUUGCCCGUUCUGCAAGGGAGCUUGUCCAUGGCAAGGAGGAGCUUGAAACGGAGAAGGCCAAGCUGCAGCAGGGCCAGCAUCAUCAGGAGCAGGCCGAGCGGGAGGCGGCUGGCAGCCUGGAGAAGAUCAGGAGGAAAGAGGAGGAGCUGGAGCGCAGGGAGAGGGAACUGGCCAGGGCUGAGGCUGAGGUGCAGAUGCAGCAGCAUAUCCAUCAACAAGCAGAGCGAAAAGCCGCAAGAAUCGUCGAGGAUGCUAAACAAGAGGCAGGGGCGAUUCAGAAGCAGUGUGAUAUUCGGUGCUCAGAAGCAGAGGAGAAAGUCAAUGAAGCGAGAAAGAAGCUGAAACAGGCUGACGAAGAGGUGAAGGAGCGUCAAGCAUCGGUGGACGAACAAAUUGCAGAGGUGCAGAGACUCGCCGAGGCAGCAGCGAAAGACAAGCGGCAUUACGAGGCGCUGCGGGAAAGGGAAGCUCAACGGAAACGGGAACUCGAUCAGCAAGAGCUGGAACUGAACGCCAGGGAGCAGCAGAUGUCCAAGAAACACAUGCCUUCGAAAGAGACUGUUGCAACAAGGUGUGGCUGGGAAAACAUAUUCUUUGUUCACAGCUUCGUUCCCACAUGCCAAAUUUGGGGAAUUCCCACAUGA